AUGGAAUUGAAGAAUAUGGUUGCCCUCGUUUCUCGUACUGGACGACAUAUGCAGCGUUACAACUUUCAUGGCCAUCGUCAAGUUGUUGGAUGCAUCCCAUAUAGAUACAAAAGUACACUUGGGACACAAUCCAUUGUGGAUGAGGAUGACAUUGAAGUUCUUGUUAUCACUUCACAGAGGAAAGGAAAAGGAAUGUUGUUUCCAAAGGUAAGUGUAGGAGAGGCUCGACAAGUUUGUCAGUAUUGGUGGAUGAAGGAAGCCUUAGAGCUAUUUGUAGAUCGUCUUAUGACACGAUCUAACUUGUAG